CAUUUGAAAUAUAGUCUUAAAAAACGUAUAUCCACCUGUAAAUGUUGCACAAUUUGCAGUCACUUGUCCUUUUGUCACCUACAAAAGGAAGAGUGACUACAAAAUCUGUACUGGUACACUAUGUCAACACUGUGGAACAAAUCGCAAUGCUUUAAACUCGAUUGCAAAACUUCUGGGUUUUGUUCACUUUUAAACCUCGGAAGAACAUUUUAACGAAAAUGCAAAAAAAAAAAAAAAAAAAAAAACAAUCCAUCAGGCCUAAUGUGAACAGUUAUCUGAGAAUGUAACAAAAGUUAAUUUUCUUCCACUUUCAAGGAGAAGUGCUGGCAGCCGUUCCACGUGUGGGCUUGGCUGAGGCGCCUGUUGACUUUUUCGGCUCUUCCUUAUUUAAAUGACAUGACUAAGUGAGUGAGAGUCGAUGCAUGAACGUUUUGUUUCCUGAAUGUGACAUGAUCCAUUUGACUCGCAUUGGGCCACCGCCUGCUACACCGCGGCGAGGUUUUUAGCUGAUGGUAAAAGUAGAGAACUUGAGCAGGGAUUAAUUUACAGCACUGUCAACAUGGCUCUACAAUUCAAAGAUGCCUUUUGGGGCAGCGACUUCAUCAGUAACGCUGGUUAUGAGACCAUCCUCCAGAGACUCAAUGACGGUCGGCGUACAUGCAAGGAUGUGGAGGAGCUCCUGAAGAUGAGAGCAUCGGCCGAGGAGAAAUAUGGGAAGGAGCUGGUCUCAAUUGUUCGGAAGGCGGGGGGCUCGGCUGAGAUUUGCACUUUGAAAGCAUCUUUUGAGGAAAUGAAAACUCAAAUUGAAAAUGUAGGAAACUUGCACAUUCAUUUGUCUGGGCUCCUGAAGGAAGAGGUGAAGAGAAUGGAGGAGUUCAGAGAGCGGCAGAAAGAGCAGAGAAAAAAGUUCGAGGUCAUCAUGGAGAAGGUCCAGAAGUCAAAAACCUCCCUCUACAAGAAAACAAUAGACUCUAAAAAGGCAUACGAUCAACGCUGCAAGGAGGCGGAUGAGGCAGAGCAAACGGCUGAAAGGCUGGGCAAUGCACCCACAGCCACUCCCAAACAGAUAGAGAAGAUGAACACCAAAUCUAAACAGUGCAGGGAAGCUGCAGUUGAAGCCGAGAAGCAGUACAAGUCAAACAUUGAGCAGCUCGAGCGGAUCCGUCAAGAGUGGGAGUCGACGCAUAUUGAAACCUGUGAGAUGUUUCAGCAGCAAGAAGAAGAUCGCAUCAGUGUCAUAAGGAACGCUUUGUGGGUGCACUGCAAUCAGCUUUCGAUGCAAUGUGUCAAAGAUGACGAGUGUUGUGAGAGUGUGCGGAAAUCGCUUGAGAACUGUGAUGUCAUCACAGACAACAACAACUUUGUGGAGAUGAAAAAGUGCAACCCAACCCCCCCAGCGCCGAUCGAAUAUCAGAAUUACUACGAUAACAACGCUUCGGUGCAGAGAAACGGCGGUGCCGGAUUUGUAGAGGGAGUCAAGAAAAGGUUUUCAAAUCUACUGCCAGGAAGCUGUACAUUUGGCUCCAAGCUGAACAUCAAUGACGGACUGUCAGGACCUCCUGGUAUGGUACCAGCUGGAACAUCGGAUGGCGUAUAUGCUUCCAUUCCUAUAGUUCCUCCCUCCCAGCAGAGUAGUAAGGAGUACAAGGCUAUAUAUGACUACAUAGCACAGGGGGAAGAUGAACUCUCAAUAUCAAUUGGGGACGUUUUGGAGGUGAUAGAGGAGGGAGAAGAUGGCUGGUGGACAGUACAUAGAAAUGGCCUUACUGGUCUGGUUCCUGGUUCUUAUCUUGCUAAGGAAUAAGUUUACAGGGCAGACCGUUUUACAUGUGGAUUUCUGAAUGGUUUUGUAUUUUCAAAUGACAAUGCAUCUUUGUAGCAGGCAUACUUUCCGAAAAAAAAAAAAGAAUCCCUCUCUGAACCCUGGUGGUAGAAACGUUGUAUAUCCAGAAGCAGACUAAUAUUUUCCUCAUUCUGUACAAUCCUUACAACUACAGGCUGGCUGCGACAAACUGGUCUACUUUAUAGCGACUGUCUAAACUGAAAAGAAAUGUUGUUACCGCACACAGAUCUGUAAAUAAUGGCUUAAACAUUACAGCAGCAGCAGUUAGUACUAAAGAUAAUAUAUUUUGGGAUCAUGUUGAUGCCUCCUUUCAAACUAUCGACUUGGAGUCAUGUGGAUCUUUUGCACAGGAACAUGGCACUAAAGUUUAUCGUCACGCUUUAAUUUUGUCAAAGCUGAAGUUUUAAAGGUUAUGCAUGAUUUCUGUUGUUGCCUUGACUAUUUGUAUGACAUAUAUUUAUGUCUUCUUCUUUGCAUAAAAAAACUAAAGUAGA